CAAAAGAGUGUGAGGGAUUAGUACACACUUGUGGACGAAACAGGACCGAAUGCACACAAGCAGCUGGCGUUUAAAAUGUUAUGUGCUGCCUGGUCUUACGAAUCUACUGUGAAUGAAAUAACCGCCCCAUUGGCUGACGAAGACGAUACAGGACCAACCAGCAGACUGAUUUCAUUCUCCUUUCAUUCACUGCUGCUGUGGUCAAACUACUCAGACCUUCAUCCAUCUAUCCAUCCAGCGGUUUCUCGGCUUCUCCAACAUGAAUCAAAGUGCGGGAGCAGCGCAGCACAGUCGCAGGUACUCAUGUGAUGACAAGGACAUGGGGCAAAGAGGACCAGACAGGAACUGGAAAGGGAUCGGUAUUGCCCUACUCGUUAUUAUGUUGGUGCUUUCGCUCAUUGGACUGUCAAUCGUUCUGCUAUCAAAAGAUAACCGCAAUCAAUUUUCUGGCUCCCACUUGACCUUGGAUGACAUCUUCCAUCGGAACUUCCAAAUACAUGAUCCUGAUGCUAAGUGGCUCAAUGAAAAAGACGUUGUCUUCCUCAACUGGGAUGGAAAUUUAUUGAAAGCCAACACAGAGAACAACAAGACAGAACUCUUGCUGCGAAACACAACUUUUUCCACCUUUAAAGCCUCAAAGUUUGCAGUUUCUCCUGAUCUGAACUUGGUUCUUCUGGGAUAUGAUGUCAGCCAGGUUUACCAGCACUCUUUCUUAGCGUCAUACCUCAUCUUCAAUCUAAACACCAGGGAAGUGAUUGAGUUAAAUCCUCCAGAAGUAUCAAAUUCAGUUCUCCAGUUGGCUUCAUGGGGUGUUAGUGGUCAGCAAUUGAUAUACAUUUUUGAAAACAACAUUUACUACCAAGCAGAUUUGAAGAGCAGCUCAUUGAGGCUCACUUCUUCUGGACAGGAUGGUGUCAUCUUCAACGGCAUUGCAGACUGGCUGUAUGAGGAGGAGGUUUUGCACUCUCAGGCAGCUCACUGGUGGUCACCUGACGGCUCAAGCCUGGCCUACCUGACAAUUAAUGACUCACUGGUGCCAAAGAUGGUACUGCCCUCUUAUUUGGGCUCACUGUACCCCCGGGGUCAAGAGUAUGCGUACCCUAAGAUGGCUCAAAUCAACCCAUCUGCAAAGCUAUAUGUUGUAAUCCUCAAUGGCAGCUCCCAAGCAACUGAAGUGUUACCUCCUGACAGUCUACACAGGAGUGAAUACUACAUCACCAUGGUGAAAUGGGUGACGGCAGACAAGCUAGCUGUGCGCUGGGUGACCCGGGCACAGAACAUGUCCAUUCUUUCCCUCUGUAAUGUAAUCACCAAUACCUGCGCAAAGAGACAUUUAAUGAUGUCAGACAAGUGGCUGGAUCGUCAGAAUCAAGAACCAUUCUUUUCGAAGGACCACACAGUAUUCUUCAUGGCACUGCCGUUGAAACACGGCCUUCUCGGGACAUUCCAGCACGUCACCAUGAUCUCUACCCAAGGACAAAAUGUCAAACUUAUUCAUUUAACUUCAGGAUGCUGGGAGGUGUCUCAAAUUCUUGCAUAUGAUGAGAACACUCAAUCAGUUUUUUUCUUAAGUAAAGAAAACAGCACAACGCAGCAACAAUUAUACAGUGUUUUGACUGUGGAGCCAUUUUAUAAACGAUGCCUCACGUGUGCCCUCUUCAAGUCACACUGCACGUACUACGAUGCUGAGCUCAGCACAAACUAUCAGCAUGUUCUUCUACAUUGUCGAGGCCCUGGAAUACCACAAACUACUCUGCACAGAUUAGACAACAUGGAGGGUACAGUAUAUACUUACAACCACCAGGCCCUGGAGAUGAAUGCCGUAUUACGACAGUCACUGAGCAACAGGAAGGUACCUCAGCGCGAAAAAAGAACUGUGCAAAUCAACAAUUUUGCACUUUCUAUGGAAUUAAUUGUACCAGUGGAUUUUGAUGAAACAUACGAACAUCCACUUCUACUAAUGCUGGACAGCGCCCCCGGUGGUCAGGCUGUGAGUGAUCGCUUCAGUCUCAGUUGGGAUUCCGUGCUGGUCAGUUCAGACGACGUCAUCGUGGCUCGCCUGGAUGGGCGAGGCAGUGGCUUCCAGGGCCAGAGAGUUCUUCAUGAGGUCGACAAGAGACUAGGAACUGUGGAUGUUCAGGACCAGAUCGCAAUUGUAAAACAUCUCAUGAUGCUCCCUUAUAUCGAUGGUAACAGAGUUGGAGUUUAUGGAAAGGCAUAUGGAGGUUUUCUUACAUCCAUCCUGCUACUCUCCUACAGCUCCACGUUCAGCUGUGGCGUAGCAGUAGCUCCUAUCACAAACUGGAGGCUUCAUGGGUCUACCUUUACUGAGAAAUAUUUUGGAUAUCCAGCUGAAGAUGAUCACAAAUAUCAGGUUUCCAGUCUACUUGGUGAUGUCACUGGACCAGUUUUAUUAAAGUUCCUUAUUAUCCAUGGCACAGCAGACGCUAAUGUUCAUUUCCAACAUUCUGCGGAAUUGAUCAAGCACCUGUCUGAGUCGAACCACAACUACACUCUGCAGAUUUUUCCGGAUGAAGGACACGUCUUUGCGUCUAUCAAGAGUCAACGCUACAUGCUGAACUCGCUGGUCGCCUUCUUUAAGGACUGCUUUGAUAAGGAACAUACCGAGGACCAAAAUGCGUCUAAAGAUGACGACUAAAGAUGGGAUGGAGAAUGUCCUGCAAUGAGACUGUCCAAGAAUGUAGAACCAGCAUGGAUUUACCUUUGCGGUCCUGAAGGUUUACUUUCCAAAGUGACCUAUUACAGAGCACUUAAGCAGCAAACACAGCACAUAUUCCGAAGCCUAUUUAACCAUGUCGUCAUGUCUACAAUGCAGAAAAAACAACUAAAAUAUUUAUAUCAUGCAAGGCAGUAUUACAGCCACUCUGAAAGUUAAAAUAUAUUGUAUUGUAAUUAAUAAAUGUCAAAAGUCUCCAUGCAGUCAUUGUGUACGUUGUACCACCAGAGGGUGCCAGCUAUUGUUCUUUGGAUGGAGAAUCACCUCAAAUUAGGCUGCUACAUACAAUUAAUAACCAUAAUUAUAUACAAUUAUUAUUGCAAAUAACUAUCUGCUAUAUUAAAAUGGUUUGAAUUACUUAGGCACAACCCUGAGACAAGUCAUAAUUUUCUGCUCAUGUUAAUCUCUUACAUUUGCCGUUAAUAUGUGGAAUUAGAAUUAAGAUAAAGGGCCUGUACAAUUCCAAAUAAUAAAUACUAAAUACUGUGUACAAAAAAAUGGCAUGUACUUUUCGUGGGCGUGUUGCGUGUUAUCUACUAACGUCGAUUGAUAACAAGACCUAAAGUGGUGCAAAAUGCCCUAUUUAAAUGGGGAUUUUGUAUGGAGACACUCAUUUACUGCACAUCCAUGUUAUUAGGCUCCAUAAUUUGGUGUUUUGUUUUGGAACAUGCAGCAAAAACUAUAAUCUGUAGCACAUAAAAUACCUCCUGCAUUUCCAUCUACAACAUAACCUACUUUUUUAGCAGUAUGAAGGUGCGCUCUGGAAGAUGCCGGCACGAACUGUGAUAGUGCGCUGGAAUGAUACAGAUGAAAGAAAUGUGUUACAGCGUCACAAUCUUGCAAUAAUUCCUCAUAUAGGCAAUAUAUUGAUUAAUUUUGGUGUCUGCUGGCUCAAAAUCAGCCCUAAACCCAAUGGGGCAUACAUCACUCAAUAGUAGUUAAGGUGUCGCAAGGACACAAAAGUCCACAGGGAGUAAGAAUCAAAAUCAGCUCAAUUGGCCAAGUAUGUUUGAAUUUGACUGGGUAGAUUGUGUUCUUUUUGUUCAAUGCAAGAAACAAUGCAAGUGUAUGAAAAAAAUCCCCAAAGUGUCAAUCUAACUCGAAACAGUAAAUAAACAAAUUGUAACUUUUCUCUGUAUUAUGAAACCCUGAAAUUAGAAACAGCAACAAUGCAUCAACAUUAGUUGUAUUACUACUCUUAUGUAUUUUCAGGCCUGAUCCUUACUUCAUCGGUCCAUUACUUAAACAUUUACUGUAAUGAUGAUAACACAUUUUAUGCAUUUAAAAAAAACAAAAAAAACAAAUUGACAUUCAAAGAGUUAAAUACAAAAACGUCACAUAUUUUCAAUUUCUAUUUAGGACUGAAGUUGAUUAAGAAUUUGAGCGAAAAAGGUAGAAAACAAUAUAUAAAUCCAAUUCCAACAUUUUUUAUACACAACUAUCUCAAGACCUUUUUGUCCUGGUGUUACUUAACUGGGCUAAAAUUAUACAACUAUUUCCCAGUGUAUCGUUGGUAUAUGAACGGAUAUUGAAAUUGAACAUGAAUAAACCCUCCUGGGAAAAAAAUUAUUCCAACAAAACCAAAGUUAUGACCAAAAAAUGUAAGAAAUAUUUACCUAGUCCCAAGCAUACUGUAAGGCAUGGGUGUCCAAACUAUGGCCCGUGGGCAUGUGCAGCCCUCUAAUGUUUUCAAUCUGGUCCGUGGGAUGUUUCUGAAUAUUUUUUUAUUAACCUUAAAGAUAUUCCAAUUCACACAGAUUAAAACCUUUCAGCAGAUGUAAGCAAUGUUAGUUACUAUUUAUACUUCCUGAAGGAUUUCUGAGGAUAUAUUUAUAUGUAGCAUUACAAACAACUUUUCUCACUUAUGGUGUAAAUUUAGAAAACAACACAUCAAGUCAACAUACAUGUUUGUUUAAAACGGAUGUUAGUCGUCCAUGUUGUUCUGCCUUCUGUCUUUGAAUAGUGAACACCAUCUUUCCUGAUUAUACGGCCAACAUAUUUUAGUCUGUGUUUUGAUUGUGUUUAUAGUAGUUUGUUCAAUUUAAAUUCUUCUUUUAAUUUCAUUUUUAAACUGUAUACGACCAAGAUAUACCAUAUUUGAUUUUUGUUCCAUAAAUCUGCCAUUUAUUGUAAGGAUUAUAUGAGGAACUGGUUGUUUUUUGCUCACUAUCAUUGCUUUGGUUUAUUUCACAUUUAUUUCUAUUCCAUAUGGGUGGCUUUUAUCAUUCACUACAGUUGGUUGUUGUAGGUUAUUUGUGUUCAGUGCUAGCAAGGAUGUAUCAUCAGCAUAUUGUAGAUUUCCUAUGGAUAAACCUGCCAUGCCCUUGACUUCUCUGAAAUACAGUAAUUUUUCGGUGUAUAAAUUAAACUGACUUGGUGACAAUACACAACCUUGUAUCUGGUUUACAGAAGCAACUAGAGCUCUUAACUAUCAUGUAGAAAGCUGGAACGCAAAUUGCGUGCGACGAAACUUGGUUUUCCAUCAAGCAUGGAUUGAUAGUUUAAUAACUUAUAAACACAUGCUUACCUUAGCUAAAACUAAUUACAACUCCAAUCUCAUCCGCCUCAAGAAAAACGAUUCUAAAUAUUUCUUCAGUACAGUAGCAUCGCUAACCCAACAAGGGACUUCUCCCAGUAGCUCCACCCACUCGGCUGAUGACUUCAUGAAUUUCUUUAAUAAAAAAAUGUAACUCAUUAGAAAGGAGAUUAAAGACAACACGUCCCAGCUACAACAAAUACAAAUGUAUGUACGACAGAUAUUGCCCUUCAAAAUAAUCUUCCUCUUUCUCAUUAGAGGACCUCCCGCGACGUGUAAAUGGGACAAAACCAACAACAUGUUUACUUGACCCACUUCCUGGGAAACUUAUCAAGGAGCUGUUUGUAAUAUUAGGACCAUCAAUGCUAAAUAUUAUUAACUUAUCACUUUCCUCUGGCACUGUUCCCCUAGCAUUCAUAAAAUCGGUUAUUCAUCCUCUGCUCAAAAGACCUAACCUCGAUCCUGACCUCAUGGUAAACUACCGGCCGGUGUCCCAACUUCCCUUUAUCACGAAAAUCCUCGAAAAAAUUGUUGCACAGCAGCUAAAUGAACACUUUGCGUCUAACAAUCUCUGUGAACCUUUUCAAUCCGGUUUCAGAGCAAAUCAUUCUAUGGAGACAGCCCUCACAAAAAUGACUCAUGAUCUAUUGCUAACUAUGGAUGCUGAUGCGUCAUCCAUGUUGCUGCUAUGUACUUAAUCUUAGCGCUGCUUUCGAUACCGUCGAUCAUAACAUUUUAUUAGGACGUAUCAAAACACGUAUUGGUGUGUCAGACUUAGCCUUUUCCUGGUUAAAUUCAUAUUUUUCGGACAGGAUGCAGUGCGUUUCCCAUAACAAUGUGAUAUGUUAAGGUAAUGUGCGGAGUUCCACAGGGUUCGGUUCUUGGCCCUGCACUCUUCAGCUUCAACAUCUACAGCUGCCACUAGGUGACAUUGUACGCAAAUACGGUGUUAGCUUUCACUGUUAUGCUGAUGACACCCAACUCUACAUGCCCUUAAAGCUGACCAACACGCCAGAUUGUAGUCACCUGGAGGCGUGUCUGAAUGAAAUCAAACAAUGGAUGUCCAUUAACUUUUUGCAACUUAACGCUAAGAAAACAGAAAUGCUGAUCAUCGGUCCUGCUAGACACCAGUACCUAUUUAAUAAUACCACCGUAACAUUUGACAACAAAGCAAUUACACACAGCAACUCGAUAAGAAUCUGGGUAUUAUUUUCGACCCAACUCUCUCAUUUGAGACACACAUUAAGAGUGUUACUAAAACAGCCUUCUUUCAUCUCCGUAAUAUCACAAAAAUGUGUCCCAUAUUGAUCAUGUAUGCGUUCGUUACGUCUCGUCUCGAUUACUGUAACGUAUUAUUAUUAAUAGUAUUACCAUUAAAAGAUUACAGUUGGUACAAAAUGCGGCUGCUAGACUUUUGACAAGAACAAGAAAGUUUGAUCAUAUUAUGCCUAUACUGGCUCACCUGCUCUGGCUUCCUGUGCACUUAAGAUGUGACUUUAAGAUUUGACUACUUAAGUAUAAAAUACUAAACAGUUAGCUCCAUUUUAUCUUGCUGAUUGUAUUGUACCAUAUGUCACGGCCAGAAAUCUGUGUUUUAAGAACUCCGGCUUAUUAGUGAUUCCCAGAGUCCAAAAAAAGUCUGCGGGCUUUAUAGCGCUUUCUAUUCGGGCUCCAGUAUUCUGGAAUUCCCUACCAGUAACAGUUAGAGAUGCUACCUCAGUAGAAGCAUUUAAGUCCCAUCUUAAAACUCACAUGCAUACUCUAGCCUUUAAAUAGACCCCUUUUUAGACCAGUUGAUCUGCCGUCGCUUUUCUGCUCUGCCCCCCUCUCCUGCGUAGAGAGGUUAUCAGGUGACCACAGAUGUAGCGCUAGCUGUUCAAAGUCGGGACCCGAGGUGGACCACUCAUCUGUGUAUCAGUUGGGGACGUCUCUGUGCUGCUGACUUGUCUCCAUUCAAGAUGAUCCCCUGCUGGCCCCACUGUGGACUGGACUUUCACACUAUUAGGGUUGAGUUUUUUCUUGCCCUGAUGUGGGAUCUGAAUCGAGGAUGUAGUUGUGGCUUGUGCAGUCCUUUGAGACACUUGUGAUUAAGGGCUAUAUAAAUAAACUUUGAUUGAUUGAUUGACUUUCUCCUUUUUUAAUGUGAAAUGUUUCUGUCCUGCCCCAAUCGGUUUUUAUGACUAAUGUUUGUUCCCAAUACAUCUUUGUAACGAUUUGAUCUUUGUAUAUGUGAAUUUCUGAGGAUUCCAUCAUUUUGGCAUGCUUGACAUA